AUGGUCAACCCUAUCGGACGGGUCAUGGUUUCAGGGUGUUCUCACCACUUCUCACCCACUAUCACAGAGAAUCCUAUCAUCUUUGAGACUAAUAGACCCGGAGCAACAAGAACAAAUCGGGGCCUCGAGUCUCUUCGAAAUUUCCAUGAUUUCGGAAUAUCAGCUGCCUCCAACGCGCCUGUCUCUGCUGAAAGCCAAAUCCUUGAUCCUCCCCCGGCCGCAUGGCCAGACUCAUACGAGGAACAUGACCACUCACCCCUAUCUCCUCCAGCGUCACUCAUCGCAGAACCUUUUGACCCUCAAGACUACCAAUACGACAAAAGGCACCGCCCGAGCAUCCCUGAUCAACAACAUCUGUCGCACCCUAUCCGCGAAUCUCAACCGGCAUACUCCGCUUUCCCCGCCUACUGCCCACGGAAGCAGUUCCAGGCAUUCCCUUCCCUGGCAUCCUCUUUGUCCAAUUCGUCAUCAUCACCACAAAGAGAUUGUUCCCCCACCCGCAAUGACAGCGCUGUCGCUGGAAUUUCUCUUGGAGCUAGCGGCGGCUCUGAAACCGAAGCCAGCACCCGCGCUACCCGCUCUCCCUCGCCUCUCCUCCGCUCACCGACUGCACCGACUUCACUCAUUGAUUCAUGGACCGCCGCCGCCGACGUCGAAGCCGACGCCUACCGCGGCCCCUCAUCCCGUGCAUCAACCACAUCGAAAGCUGCAGCAGACCCCGCCUCCUCCCCCUCUUACUGCACCCGCUGCGUCGUACCCCUCAUCUUUGACAUCUCUUAUCUCGACCAGGACGAGAGUUGGGAAUGCUGUAGCUGCGCUUCCAACAAUAAAAAGUUGGGAAUUUCAUUGUGCUAG